AUGACGACAGACUCAGCAGUCUCGAGCAUGAGCGAUCAAGUGCAGCUUGAAUGUACGCAUCAGGAGACCGAUAAAGUUAUAGGUGCUGCAGAUACUCCUACAGCAAAGCUACGAGAGCUGUUCUUUCAAAUGCACCGCCAGGAAAAAGGGGAUGGAGCGGCGGAUGAGGAUGAGGACAACGAUACGGACAGUAGCUACGCUAUUGACAAUAAGCCCCCCCUUCCAAAAGUUCAGGAUGAGGAAGCGCUACACCCACUCGUUGAGUCACUGGGUAGCGGAAGUUCACCGCGCGCGUCUGUUCUAAGUUCUUGUGGGUCAACUGUACCCCUUCCUCCACACAGCAAGAGUCUUAUUCUCGAUCCUGAGUCCAAUGCAUCUGUUCUCCAGGCUGCGGUUUCAUCGGGUGCAGAGGUUGCGGAGGUCGUAGCAGAACAAAGCUGGCUUGUGACCAAGCUCGCGCUGCAGCUCAUUUGGGCGCUGCGCAUGUCCAAGCGCUGGAUAUUAUGCGCGAUUCGGUUGAUUACGUUUGUAAUCUUGCUAUUGCCUGCAAUUUUGAAAGUCGCUGUCUACUGGUUUGUAGAUGAAAAUGUGCACAAAAAUAUCAUCUACGGACUUAAUCGACGCAACCUUCUGGACGUAUACGCAGUACCGCAGAUCAAACAUAAUUUGGAUGCGUCUUCUUCGACAAAAAGCGUUUCUAGCUCGACAAGUACGAGCUCAAUAGAAGCAAAGUAUCCUGUCGUUGUGUUUGUAUCGGGAGGAGCUUGGAUCAUCGGAUACAAAGCUUGGGGUGCGCUCAUGGGUCGUGUAUUAGCGUCUUUGGGUGUGGUUGUGGUCAUGCCUGACUACCGUAAUUUUCCUCAGGGCGUCGUGCCCGACAUGGUCGAGGAUGUGACACGCGCCAUGCAAUGGGUUUUUGAUAAUAUACAACUAUUUGGUGGCGAUCGUGGCAAUGUGCAUCUUAUCGGGCAGUCGGCUGGUGCACAUCUUGCCAUGUGUGCGCUGUUAGAACAGAUUGAGAAGAGACGCAACGGGUCAGCGAAUUCUACUAACAGCACUCUCAAUGUCAUGGGCAACUCUUCAGAUUGUGAGAGUCUUGAAAGCUUGUCGCCGCUAGCUCAGCCGAUUACGUGGGAACUGUGGCAAAUUCGCAGUUUUAUGGGUAUCUCCGGGCCUUAUAAUAUGGAAGCCAGCAUUGCAACAUUUCACCGUCACGGUUUCGAUCGCACGGUGGUGGAGCGUAUUAUGGCGCAUCGCUUGGCGUAUUUCUCGCCGUCCUUACGCUUGUUAGCGCUUAGUGAGCUGCCGUCGCGUACCCGUCAAGCGUUGCUGAACGACUUUCCUCGGUGUAUUUUAUUCCACGGUACCGCAGACAAGACGGUAAGCUACAGAUCGACUGAACAGCUCACAGCGGCCUUACGAGCGUGUGACAUAUCUGUAUCCACACGCUUUUUUGAAAACAAGACCCACACUGACCCGAUUAUUGAAGACCCGAUUGUUGGCGACGAUUUUCUGUUGGACGUCGUCAUGGCGGAACUUAAGGCACUAGCGCCAUUUGACUCUAUCACUGGCAAGCCAUGCUAUGAAUUGGGUGUGCGGCCGCAGGAAUCAAGGUAUUACCCCAAGCUACUUGUGCGUUUGGCUCGUAAAGUUAAUCCAUUUUAA